AUGAGAAAUAUUGUGUGGUUUUUAUUGAUUUCUGCUAUUUUUGCGGAAAUUCAAGAUGAUGAGUUUUUCGGAAAUUCUAUCAUCAAAUCUUUGAAUCAUGGAUACGAAAUUCGAGAUGCUGAAUUUAUUCUGAAUCUCUACGAUUCCUCAUUUUUUGAUGAUUGUGAAAUUGGAAGUUAUGAAAAUUCGAGAGAUCAAUUGGAGUUGGAAUUAGCAACAUCAAAAAAUAUAACGGUAAUUAUUCAUUGUUUUAUUUUCUUCAAAAAUUUAUUAAAACUAUUUUUAGUUCAAUUUCCUCAAUGCCAAAACAAUCUCCAGUAAUUUCUUCAAAAUAAAAUUCCAAAAAAGUGGUUCAUCAAAAACUGGCGAAAUGACUAUUCAAAUCAAAGAUGAUAUUCCAAGUAUAAUAAGAUCGAAAAAUGAUAAAUGUGCUCUUUUUUAA